UCUAAGAGCUGGACCUGGCGCAAAAUGUUUGUGGUGACGCUGUGUAUCCUGGGCUUGCUCCAUAUGAGCACUGCCUGCAGUUUGGUGAGUGUCUGUACGGACCAGACUUCAGUUCAGCAGGAGAUUGUGGAUGUACACAAUGCCUUCAGAAGGGCUGUGACGCCAACGUCCAGCAACAUGCUGAAAAUGAGCUGGAGUCAGGCAGCGGCAGAUUCUGCUCAGGGUUGGAUUGAUCAGUGCAUUAUGACACACGGUCCAGCAAGCACCCUCAUGAUUAACGGAUACGAAUUGGGUGAAAAUCUGUUCAAGGCCUCCUCUGUCUAUCAGUGGACUGAUGUAGUAACUGCAUGGCACAGCGAAGUCAACAAUUAUGAAUAUGCCUAUGGAUCCAUCAAUGAUCAACCCACUGGACAUUACACACAGGUGGUUUGGUACAGCUCGUAUGAGGUCGGGUGUGCUGUGGCUCAAUGUGGAAGCUACUACUUCUACGGAUGCCAUUAUUACCGUGCAGGAAAUUUCAGAAAAGUACCACCAUACUCACUGGGCAGUCCUUGCGCUGCCUGUCCAAACAAUUGCGAAGACAACCUUUGCACUAAUCCUUGUCCAUAUAUCAACAAAUUCAUCAAUUGCGCCGCCUUAAAAGAAAAGGCCACAUGCAACAACUACUUUGUGAGCAAAUGGUGUCCUGCUAGCUGUCAAUGUGACGACAAAAUUGUCCCUGUCGCGAGAAAAUAAGUGUUUUAUGGCCAUAAUCCAUGAAACACUGCCAUGUUUUUCAGUUUUCAAUCUGAUUGCUUACCUGUAGUGUCUCUUUCCAAUAAUGUGAAAUCUGUACAUUCUUUAGCACACAAAUCAUGCAUUCCUUUCUAUGUGGAUAACCUCAAAUAUGACUACAUUUCCUGCAGCAUUUCAUGACUACAUUUCAUGAUGUUUAAGUACAUUUCAUGCCACGACAAUGCAAAAUGAACAAGGAAACAGUGAUUUGACAAGACUAUAGAAAAAAGCCAGUGUCAUUUACCGUCAUUACUGUUUUGCAUUUAUAUUACCUGAGGCACUUUUUCAGUAAAACUUACAUAAUCAAAUUCAAAUAAAAAACAUUUGUGAUUUAUAAGCCUUUUACUGAAUGCAAAAGCAGGAAAAAGCACAAAUUAAAACACAAAAUAUGGACUACUCCUACUCAGAGACUGUAUUUAUAGUAUAGAUCCUUUACUGUAGAUCUCUUGCCAAAAUAUUCAUGUUAUGCACAUUUCUGCAGUGCAUUUGAACCUUUAUCCUGUAAAGUGAUUUUACACCAAAUCAUAAGGAACCAGAGAUCCGUGUGUACCCACAAUAAAGCAAUAAGGUAUGAGAGGCCAGCUAUAUUGCGAAAAGAGUCUAAUUUUAUUAAAAGGUUACUUCAUAUUAAUAAUAUUAAGGAAACAAACUUUCAUCAAAAUGUUCCUUUAUUAAGAAAAUGCAUUAUAUCCUUACACUAGAAAAUAUACUCCCCCCUGACAUGCAAACAACAACCGAAUGGAAAAAUAAAUAUACUCCAUUUAAACUGAGUUUAAAUGUAUUUGGCUAAGGUGUAUGUAAACUUCUGACUUCAACUGUAUAUAUAUAUAUAUAUAUAUAUAUAUAUAUAUAUAUAGCACUUUUAUUUUUCUUAUCAUUAAUCAUACCCAUAUAGUUUUAUGUUAUGUUAUGUUUAGAUAACUAACUUUCUUCCAUUAUUUAAGGAAGAACAUGCAUAUCCAGCAAAUAAUAGAUAUAGGCACAUUUUUUGGUUGUUUAAGUGCAAUAGCACAAAUGUUUCCUAAUUCAUGAACAUUUUUGUAAUACACUGAAUUUCCAGUAGGUGGAUAUGUUGUACACAAUAUGAAAUGAAACAGCACAAAUGUGUUGCACUUCCUGUCUGUGAGUAUUUGAAUACUUGUCUUGUCCUUUCACAUAAUAAUACAGCUUAAAUGUGCUUAGAAUAUUCAAAUAUUUGAUUGCACAUCAGUGUCUGCUCUGUGUCCUAUGAGCUUGUGUGCAACUUUCACCAGUUUGUAAUCUACUUGUUGAAAUGUACAUGUCAUGUGUACUGAAACACAAAGCGAUGAGGCGGUCUUAAUAUUUUAAGGCAGUCAUAUAACAAAUACAGCUUUCAUGUGCCACACACGACUGUAUUUGAUGGGAAAAUGGAUUUGGAGGUGUGUACCAUUCAGAUCUGAAUUGAGAAUGUCUUUUAAAAUCCAUUUUAUUUAGCUGAAUUUUAAUUGAGGUAACAAACAUGAUGUACAGUUUGAAUUUAAGGAAGUACAAUUAAAAUGGAAUGAAAUUCAUCGAAAUUCAUAUUACUGCUGUAAAUGUAGUUUUUAAUAAUGCAUGUUUCGUGAUACACUUAACAUUAGAUUAUAUUAAUAAUCAAUGUUUAAAAGGCCAUCUUAAAUAAUAUUGCAACUUUUUAAUUGAAUUAAUUGGAUUUCCUGAUACAUGUUUAUUAAUUAUUAGUACACUUGAGUGUUUAUAGCUCAGUACAUUAUAUAAUCAAUAAAUGCUAAUUUUAAUGUCAGUAUUGACUUAUUUAUUUGGACUGAAGGGACAAAGGUCAGUAGAAAGCUAUUGUUUUAGAAUAUAAAUGAUGCCUUAUAAAUAGGCUUAUUGUGCCUAUAUUUAGCCUGCAAUAUGUUUUUACAACAAAGUUAAUUGUUACAGGCCAAACUAGGGAAAGCUAGUCUGCUUACAAUCCAAAAGAGUCUGCAAUAGUAAAAUCGUAGAGAGGGCAUGAAUGCAUUUACUCACCAGCUUUU